AUGUCGCGUUGGGUUGAUUGGGAAGACUCCCUCUCCCUUACGCCUUGUUCCCGAGUUCUACUUAAGGAGAGAAAUGGGAGGAUACGGAGGGAAACUUUGAAUUCACACUACCAUACGUUAGAUGCCCUUAUAGGACCGAUAAUUUCUAGAAGAUCAUUCCUCAUUCCGCGUUCAUUUAUAUCAAUUUUCCGAUCAAGGUUUGCUGUAUUCUGCUUCCAUCCACGAGCUUCUAUUGGUUUCAGGGUUGAAAUAUCGUACUGUUUCUACAAUGUCGAGUUUGGAGGAGCCUCUUGCACAAGUGGAGGGGACACUGGAAUGGGAAAUUACUGGAUUGAGGGAAAUACUUCCACCUCCUCAAAUAGUGAUGAGGAUGAUUUUGAGUAUGAAAAAGGAGCAUUCUUUUUGAGACAUAAAGCAAGAGAUAUGUCUCAAAGCCAAGGGAGGAACCAUGUAGGAUAUGAACAUUUACCAUACUUUCAGCAUAAUGAUGUAGGCCUACACUACAUAACAAAUCAGAUUUUCAAAGGCAUACCAAAGUAUGUGAAGAUAGUGGAAGUUGGUGCAAGGGAUGGAUUACAAAAUGAAAAGAAUAUUGUUCCUACAUCUGUUAAAAUACAACUAAUUCAAAGACUUAUUUCUACUGGAUUAUCCGUUGUUGAAGCCACAAGCUUCGUUUCCCCAAAAUGGGUCCCUCAGCUGGCAGAUGCAAAGGAUGUUAUUGAAGCAUUUAAAAGCUUUGAUUCUGUGAGAUUGCCUGCAUUGGUUCCUAAUAUGAAAGGUUUUGAAGCUGCCAUUGCAGCUGGAGCAAAGGAAAUAGCUGUUUUUACAUCAGCAUCCGAGUCAUUCUCAAAGUCAAACAUUAAUUGCACUAUUCAAGAAAGUCUUGCUCGUUAUCGUGCUGUUGUAUCUGCUGCCACAAAGCUCUCUAUUCCUGUUCGUGGAUAUGUGUCGUGUGUGAUUGGAUGCCCGGUUGAUGGAAUGACGCCUCCAUCAAAAGUUGCAUACGUGGCAAAAGAACUUCAUGACAUGGGUUGUUAUGAAAUAUCACUUGGGGAUACUAUUGGCAUUGGGACACCAGGCACGGUUAUUACAAUGCUUGGAGCAGUGAUGGCAGUUGUUCCUGUUGAAAAGCUUGCGGUUCAUUUUCAUGACACUUAUGGCCAAUCUCUUCCAAAUAUUUUAGUGUCCCUCCAGAUGGGAAUAAGCACAAUAGAUUCAUCCAUCGCAGGAUUAGGAGGGUGCCCAUAUGCCAAGGGUGCUUCGGGAAAUGUGGCUACUGAGGAUGUGGUUUACAUGCUUGAUGGCCUUGGUAUCAAAACCAAUGUUGAUCUACGUAAGCUUUUGCAAACGGGCGAGUUUAUCUGUAAACAUUUAGGACGCCCAUCAGGGUCGAAAGCCGCGCUCGCAUUUAGCCAUAAGAAUUAAAGAAUGCAAAUGUUCAUUAAUUGUAUACAAACAAUUGCAUUUUCUCUAAUAUAUAUAGGCUACUAUAUGCUAUAGUUAAAAUGAUUGAGAUAUCGAUGUUAACUAUGAUAUGCGAUUAGUAUUUGUUGUGUACCUGUAUGAGUUGUACGGUUUACCUUUUUAUAAAACUAGUGAGAUGGUCUCCGCGUUGCAACGAAUUAAUAAUCAUAUAUUUAAGACACCAUCUUUUGGAAAUAAAAC